GAGGAGCGACAUGAUAUCGUCCUGUAGUGUGUGGUGGAACUGUUGGCUGAAGGUGCGGUGCUGUUGUGUUGCGUGAUUGCUGAAUGUUGAAUAAACGUUUCCCCUUUUAAUAGCUGCAUGUCGCGUCUGUCAGUGCGCGUGCGCGUAGAAAGGGCACAUUGAGUAGGAGGGUGUACACUAACGGGAUAAAGUUAAUGGGAGGAUCCCGGUGCCGGUGCGCGUGUGUUCUGUAGUGUAGUGUAGCGUCGGGUCUAGCCAUGCACCGGGGCGCGCUGCUGCUCUCCGCCGCCUCGGCGCUGCUCGUGCUCGCGCUCGUGCUCGUGCCGAGUCUGGGGUAUUUCCCGGAGGAGCGCUGGAGCCCCGAGUCUCCUCUGCUGGCUCCGCGCGUGCUGCUCGCACUGGUGUGCCGCAACUCGGAGCACUCCCUCCCGCAUGUCCUCGGAGCCAUCGACCGCCUUCGCUACCCCAAGGACCGCAUCGCUGUGUGGGUGGCGACGGACCACAACGCGGACAACACCACGGCCGUCCUGCGCGAGUGGCUCGUUAACGUGCAGAGUCUGUACCACUACGUGGAGUGGAGGCCACAGCAGGAGCCCAGCGAGUAUGAGGAUGAGGACGGCCCGAAGCACUGGAGCGACCUACGCUAUGAGCACGUGAUGAAGCUACGACAAGCAGCGCUGGACACUGCGAGGCAGAUGUGGGCCGAUUACUUUCUGCUGGUGGAUUGUGAUAAUCUUCUCACUAACCCUGAUGUCCUGUGGAAGCUGAUGAAAGAAAAUAAAACCAUCGUGGCACCAAUGAUGGAGUCCAGAGCUGCGUACUCCAACUUCUGGUGUGGAAUGACCUCUCAGGGCUACUACAGGCGCACGCCGGACUACAUGCCCAUAAGGCAUCAGGAGAGGCGUGGCUGCUUCCCCGUCCCGAUGGUUCACUCCACCUUCCUGCUGGAUCUGAGGAAACAAGCUUCCAGUGAGCUGAACUUCUUCCCCCCACACCCCGACUACACCUGGGCCUUCGACGACGUCAUCGUGUUCGCCUUCUCCGCCCGCAUGGCAGAUGUUCAGAUGUACCUGUGUAACCGAGAGACUUAUGGGCACUUCCCCGUCCCGCUGCACAGCCGUAAUUCCUUACGGGAUGAAGCGGAGAACUUCCUGCACACCCUGCUGGAGGUCAUGGUGCGCGGUUCUCCGGUGGAACCGUCGGUGUAUCUCUCUGUCCCUCGUAAGCACCCUGAUAAACUGGGCUUUGAUGAGGUGUUCAUGAUUAACCUGCUGAGGCGUCCGGAUCGUAGAGAGAGAAUGUUGAGGACUCUGUGGGAGCAGGAGAUCACCUGCAAGAUCAUAAACGCAGUGGACGGCAAGGCGCUGAAUGAGAGUCAGAUCCGUGCGUUAGGGAUCAGCAUGUUGCCGGGUUACAGUGAUCCGUAUCAUGGCAGGCCACUCACUAGAGGAGAACUUGGCUGCUUCCUGUCCCACUACAACAUCUGGACUGAGAUAGUAGAGCGAGGACUUCAGACGUCUCUGGUUUUGGAAGACGAUUUGCGCUUCGAACUCUUCUUUAAAAGGAAACUGCAGAAACUGAUGCAGGACGUGGAGGCAGAAGGACUCGACUGGGAUUUAAUUUACAUCGGGAGGAAAAGGAUGCAAACCGACGAUCCGGAGAAACCGGUUCCCAACGUACGCAACCUGGUCGAAGCCGACUAUUCCUACUGGACGCUGGGCUACAUGAUCUCGUUACAAGGAGCCAAUAAGCUGCUGAGGGCGGAGCCUCUGAGCAAAAUGCUUCCUGUAGACGAGUUUCUGCCGGUCAUGUACAACAAGCACCCAGUGAAGGACUACAUGUCUCACUAUGAGCUGAGGGACCUGCGGGCGUUCUCCGUCGAGCCGUUACUCAUUUACCCAACGCACUACACGGGCGAUCCGGGCUACAUCAGUGACACCGAGACGUCCACCGUGUGGAACAACGAGACCGUACCCACCGACUGGGACCGAGAGCGUCCGGAAAAGAACCGCGCCAUGCACUCGCACGCUACCUCUGACCUCUGACCUCUCGCACGAAGGAGCAGGGAAACCUUUACAACAUUGUUUCCCACCACUAGGCGGCGCUACUUAGCAAAAACGCACAGGGAGAGGCGUGUGUAGCAAGGAACACGCUCCGCCUGAGCAGCAAAAUCAAUGUAGCGUAAAAAACGCAGCCGACGCGAUUUUGCUCUGAGAAACAUGUACUGUUUACUUACGGAAACUCAUCGGGUAGCUAGCGAAAAGUAUUCUUAUUAGCGGUUGUGCUAGAGGCGAGACGACGAGACAGUUUUAACUUGUUCAUAUGUUUGAAUUCAAAUGACGGGUCUCAUUUCUGUGGUUUAGAGAUGCUCUGCUCUGGAUGUGGGCAUGUGGAGGGUCCGAAAAUGAAAUCUACACAAUGUUUGAUGUCUGAAGUUGCUUCUUGAUUAAUGUAGCUGAAAAGUGAAUGAAGAUUAGAGCCUCUAGUACACAUUUUCACCUUAAAACCUGGCUCGGCUCGGCUCGGUCAUCACUUCUGUGGCAUGUUAGCUUUUUAUUAGCUUUAGCGCAGCAGUAAAGAACCGAGCUUCGGACAUGCAACAUGUUCCGUCUGAUCCACUGUGUUUAGCGUAGAGAUGUAGAGUACAGUUAAGCAGACUCAUUAAGGUGGGAAUUAUGGAGACUGUAAGUAUUAAACCAGGCGUUUGGGACACUAAUUAAGUUCCGCGUUGUUGUAGAGCAUGGGAAAUGUCGAUAAAUGGGAUAAUUUAUUUUAAAUCUAAAAAUAUACAUUAUAUGGUUUCCGUACAUGUGAUCAUUCAGAACUGAGAGGACGACGUAAUUUCUCAGCUGUAUGUCGUUGUCUUAAAGUUCCAACUAUCUUUUAUUAUUAAGUUUUGAAAUUUGACCCAGAAUUUAUCGCUUCUUUUAGUUCUUUAUGGUUCCAGUAUCGCACGGUGGCUUAGUGGUUAGCACGUUCGGGGGUUCGAGUCCCAGCGUGGCCCUGUGUGUGUGGAGUUUGCGUGUUCUCCCCGUGCUGCGGGGGUUUCCUCCAGGUACUCCGGUUUCCUCCCCCAGUCCAAACACAUGCAUGGUAGGCUGAUGGGCGUGUCUAAAGUGUCCGUAGUGUAUGAAUGGGUGUGUGAGUGUGUAUGUGAUUGUGCCCUGCGAUGGAUUGGGACCCUGUCCACGGUGUACCCCGCCUUGUGCCCCAUGCUCCUUGGGAUAGACUCCAGGUUCCCCGUGACCCUGAGAAGGAUUACGUGGUAGAAGAUGGAUGGAUGAAUACUUUGUUUUCUUUUUUAUGAAUUUUUUAUUAACAUUCUGAGUAUGAUGGAUGGUUCCAGUAUGCUGCUGGUCUAGAACCACAGGUCUGUACUAAUGUUAAUGUUAAUGUUAAAGAGGGUAUUUUGGUGGAUGGUGUUGAAAUCUAACACCCCGUUAGCAAUCUUGAGGACCGAACUGAAACGCUUGACUUUCAGCUCCAGCGUGAUUCGCUCGCGUACUCGAGAGCUGUUCCGUUACUUUUAUUAUUUCUGAAUGAAUUUCAUCUCAAGAGAACUGGUGUCUGUUACCGGUGAGAACUCGGUCCUCGUGUCUUCAUCUGCUAGAUUUUUUUUUUCUUUACAAAACUUGGGAUGUUAGACAUAAAAACAAUGCAGUUAUGAGAAGACAGUAGGAAUGCAGUUAUGAGAAGACAGUAGGAAUGCAGUUAUGAGAAGACA